UGCCUUUGUGUCUUGCCAGGCUCUAAGGACUCAGAAUUGGUAAGACAAAAACCACAGCCCUGACAGUUCAACUGCCCCUGUCCUGAGAAUCCCAUCCUUCCUGCCUCUUUCCAGCCAGCUCUCAGCAGAGGGCCCAGCACAAGCAAAUGUCCAGAGGUGGGGAAGACCAGAAUAGGUGGGAAGCUGCUAGAGAGGACCAAGUAGGCCUGGGGGCCCCGUGCCAAGUUUAAUGAGCAAGCCCUGGCAGCGGAAUCCAAGAGCUCGGGAGGCUCACGGAUCCAGCAGGGCUUAGGGCCAUACGUGGCAGGCAAGGGGAGCCAGGUGGGGCUGGGGAGGCCGUGUAAUGAUCCCAUUAAGUAAACCCAAUAUGUAGAAAACAGGUUUAACAAAUCUGGGCUUCUGCACCACCCCACCCCCACUUGACAGUGUGUAAGGGGCUGCAGAGACCCCCCCAGGAACCACUUAAAAUGUGGGGGUGGGGGUGGUAGAGGAUGAAUGGUACCCAAAGGCUGGAAGUGGCACAAAUGAUGUGUUGUUCCUGGAUCAAUUCUCCCUCACACAACAGGGUAGAUGUUGAAGCCACCAGCUCACAGAGCCAGUAUCUGCUUGCCGCAUGUUUAGGGACAGUCUUCAGUGCUCAGUAUCAGGCUCUGGCACUGUGUCAUGGUCUCUUGCAUCUGCAAGGGUUGAGUACUAAGCUGGGCCAGGUUUCCAAGGAGUCCAGCCAGGAGGAAGCCAUGAGAGCCCAGGGUCUGAGUCUUCUGAUGGGAGGUGGCAAAUCUCCAGAGGCUGGAGCGUGAUACUGCAUGCUCAGUUGAACCAUUUCCACCCAGUAGCACUGUCCCAUCUGAACACCCACACAGAUCUCAGACCUCUAAGCUGAGGCACACAUGCCCUGAAGAUACCCCUAGGCAGGCCCACUAGUACCCAGUAGGGACAGAAGAGGAGCAGAAUGGAUGAGUCCCACUCCUCAAUGCUCUGGGAGCGCCAGACCUGCUCUGGGACAGCCAUUCCCUGGAAGAGUCUGGCCACCUCUGCAGGUCAAGUACACGUGUACACAUAAGCACAGGCACAUGCAAGUGUGCACACACAUAGGCAGCCACAUGCAGAAAUAUACAUGCACACACUAGCACACAUCUACAUGUACUUACACAUUCAUGCACACACAUGUCAACUCACACAAGCAGCACAAAGUACACAUACACAUGUGCACAUGAAGAGAAAUGCACAAAAGCUCAUCUGGCUCAGGCACACACGGUACACAAACAGGUGAGCAGAGACACACAGAGGUACGAACACACAGGUGCAUGUGUACACAGUUGUAUACACAAAGGUGUCAUGUCAUCGCUUUGCUUGGUUCCAGUAAAGGAUAGACACACACAACCAGUACAUGCGGCAGACAUGCAAGCCCACUCAAGUCCAUUGGAAUCAAGGAGGCCUGGAGAGGCCUUGCCCAGGUCAGAUUCAGCCCUGGGUAUAGGGCAAACACAAGGUCCACCUUGCCCUCUUGACUCCCUGCUAAGGAAGGGACCCUGGUCUGGAGUUACGCAGCCUUUCUCAACCAUCUCCUGCUGUGUGACCUUCUCAGCCUCCACUUCCUCAUAAGUAAAAGGGGGCUGAUGAUGUAUGCAGCCAUCAGCACAAUCUAGGUAAGAAGCAGUGCUGAGCCCAGUGCUGGGCAAAAGGCAGGUGCCCCAUGCAUGCCUCUCCUACUCCCUCUGGCAGCCCCAUCCCCCAUGGCCCCCAUCCCCAGGACUUGAGGCCCUAUCCUCCCCUUUCUGAGCCUGGAUCCUCUGGAACAUGUCUCCCUGCUCUGGAGCAGGGGCUGAACUAUCUCCAGGGUCUCUCCCAGAGGGUUUGGGGAAUGAUGUAGAGGGGGUGCAGAGUCAGCAGUUGAGGGAUUGGGGCCAUGCCAGCCUGAUUAGGAUGGCUGGGGGCUGAGCUGGAUUCACCUGUCCUUGUCUCUGAUUGGCUCUUUGGUACCAACAACCCACAAAUCCUACUAAACAGCCCCACCAGGGCCUGCACUUGUCUCUGGACAGUUGAUUGCCACUUCUGGGGCCAGAAGGGUGUCUGUGGAGGCCAGACCCUGGCUUGGGCCUGGCUCUGGGGAUCCCUUCCAUCCAGAAGAACCAGCUGACUACUCUGUUCCUUCACCUCCUGCCGGGGCCAUGGGGGCUGGGGCCAGUGCUGAAGAGAAGCACUCAAGGGAACUGGAAAAGAAGCUGAAAGAAGAUGCUGAGAAGGAUGCUCGAACUGUGAAACUGCUGCUUUUGGGUGCUGGUGAGUCCGGGAAGAGCACCAUUGUCAAGCAGAUGAAGAUUAUCCACCAGGACGGGUACUCGCUGGAAGAGUGCCUCGAGUUCAUUGCCAUCAUCUAUGGCAACACACUACAGUCCAUCCUGGCCAUCGUUCGUGCCAUGACCACGCUCAACAUCCAGUAUGGAGAUUCUGCGCGCCAGGACGACGCCCGGAAACUGAUGCACAUGGCAGACACAAUCGAGGAGGGCACUAUGCCCAAGGAGAUGUCAGAUAUCAUCCAGCGGCUGUGGAAGGACUCGGGUAUCCAGGCCUGUUUCGAGCGCGCUUCAGAGUACCAGCUCAACGACUCAGCCGGCUACUACCUUUCGGACCUGGAGCGCCUGGUAACCCCUGGCUACGUGCCCACUGAACAGGACGUGCUACGCUCACGUGUCAAGACCACGGGUAUCAUUGAGACGCAGUUUUCCUUCAAGGACCUCAACUUCCGGAUGUUUGAUGUGGGCGGGCAGCGCUCCGAGCGCAAGAAGUGGAUCCACUGCUUCGAAGGUGUGACGUGCAUCAUUUUCAUCGCGGCGCUAAGCGCCUACGACAUGGUGCUGGUGGAGGACGACGAAGUGGUGAGUGCCCAGCAGGGCCUGAGCGUUAGAACCGGGAGGAGGAGUGUAGAGACGGCGCUGCGGGCGCGGAGAACGUCUGAGAGGGGACAUUCGCCCCACUCAGAGGGGGCGAAAGGGGAGGCGGUCUUGGAGCUGUCUGUCGGGAAGAGGGAACCCCGGAGCCCAGGGAUCAAGGCUCGGCCCGCGGGCCGCAACCAGGCGGGGCCAGCGGCCGCUGUCUCCCCGGUGCCCGACAGCCUCUGCCCUCUUCAGAACCGCAUGCACGAGAGCUUGCACCUAUUCAACAGCAUCUGCAACCACCGCUACUUUGCCACCACGUCCAUCGUGCUCUUCCUCAACAAGAAGGACGUUUUCUCGGAGAAGAUAAAAAAGGCUCACCUCAGCAUCUGCUUUCCGGACUACAAUGGGCCUAACACUUAUGAGGACGCGGGCAACUACAUCAAGGUGCAGUUCCUCGAGCUCAACAUGCGACGCGACGUGAAGGAGAUCUAUUCCCACAUGACGUGCGCCACCGACACACAGAACGUCAAAUUUGUCUUCGACGCUGUCACUGACAUCAUCAUCAAGGAGAACCUCAAAGACUGCGGCCUCUUCUGAGGUGGCUUCUCACUGGCCAGGAUGAUUCCCUGCCGUGCCCCUUAGUCCCCUUAGUCUCAAUACCCCAAGCCCUAUUCCCAGCUCCCCACCCUAGCUCUCUAGAUCCACUCCAAUUCCUGGCAUCUGGCCCCCAACUUGCAGACCUUCCCGCUUCCAGGCCCCACCCUGGCUCCUCAGGCUUCACACCCCCGCCCCCACCACAGGCCCCUCUUCUGACUCUCAAGCCCCAGCCACUCAAUCUCUUUUGACCCUGCCCAAGCCCCCAGGUGUCACCCCUUCCAAGCCCACCUCCACUUGUCUCUCAGCCCAAACCCAAUUAUUUUGGUUCUUAGGAAUGUUGAUUCUGUUCCUUUUUCUCUUCACAGGUGUCUGAGCUCAUGCACCCUUGAGAUCCUGUAGCCCUAGCUGCCUUGUAGCCCUGAUCCACAGGACCCUAUCAGAACCCAGGAUUACUGGGCCCCAGGCUGUGGCCCCACCAGCCACAGAUCUAAAGCCCUGAGCCCUGCUGGCCUGAGGCCCUAACCCUCCCUCAUGGCUCCCAGGAUUCCCAUGUCUCUCAAAGCACAAUGCCCCCAACCCAGCACUGCCCUUCACGGCCUGGCUACUCUGGCCUCCAGGACCCACCACAGCCAGCCCCAGCUAGGAGCAAGCAGGACCUGGGGCAGCUAGAGCUCAUGGUGACUCAGCAGUACCCCAGUGACCAAUCUCCUGCUGUGCUUCUGCCGCAGGAGGCCCGUGACUCACCUGGUGGGUCUAGGUUCAGCAAACAGCCCUCCCUCCUAGAGCCUCAUGAAGGGCAGGGGGGCAGGCAGAGAGCCCUCCUCCAAGCAGGUCUGCUGCUUACCAUCAGCCCAUUCUAGCCUUUCCACCUCCAUGUGACCAGUCUGACACCCAUCUACCCAGUGACCAGUGACUGGCCCGCCCAGCAGCUUCAGGGAUCCAAAGUCCAAGCCAGUGCUGGCCUGUGCCGCCCAUACAUAGAUGAUUAGUGAGUAGGGGCAAGUCUGGGACCUCCUGGGUGCCAGGAAAAGACUCAAGCUGGACCCUUCCCCACAUACCCUAUUCCCUUCCCCCAUAGGCUCUGCUGCCUCCGUCCUUGGACACUGGAUUCAUGUCCUACCUCACCCACCCACCCACAGUACUCCAGGCCAGCCAGUCUGUUGAGGGAGGGUACUGUUGACACCAGCUAUGGCCAAUGGUCAAACUGUCCAGAGGGGUGGCUGGGAGCAGAGUCCGGCUCUCAUCGAUCAGCUCCGGCAAAGGAUUUGGGACAGGGAGGAGGUCCAGGUUGUGCUCAGAGGGGUCUGCCUCAGGUGGGGUCACGAGCAAACCCACGUGACCCUCUUGUCCCUGCCACCCGCUUCUUAUCCUUCCCUGGUAGGAAAAACUGAAGGCCAUGUCCAAACCAUCGGGAACAAAGGCCCAUGUCCCCCCACCCCUGAUCCCUACUUCCUCAUCAAAUGCCACAUCCUUGCUGAUGCCUGAGGGCCGGGGCCUGUGCUGCAGUCGAAGGCAAGGAAUUUCCUUCUAGCAAGGCCAGGGCAUAAUUUGCACUCCCAUCAGCUAGAUGCACAGACUCAGCAAUAAACCUUUGCAUCAGG